UGGUGAGGAAAAGGAAGGGGCGAGAGUCUUAUCCCCCAACUCUCACAUUCAUCGUUUUCACCACCAAAGCUUCUUCCCCCAUCCCAGGCUGUGCUUCGCUAAUCGCCAUCGUCAUCAUCGAUUACCCAUUCUUCUCUCCCGCUUCGCCGCAGUUUCUCCUCCGCCUUCAUAGAGCCCAUCCUCUCGAUCCUUCCCUUCUGUUUUCGUCGGAGAGAAAGUGGGUUUCUCGAAAUUUCUGAUUUUGCGAAGUGGGUAUUUCGUAAUUUGCCGCGAGGAAGAGAAAUGGCGUCGAUCAGCGUCUCAUCUCCUUCUUCUUCGUCUCCUUCAACGGGGGCUCUUCGGCGCCCUAGACUAAGCAAAAGCUACACGUUGUUCCAUGGAGUACACCGGAUUGGUUUCCCGGCCAUUGGCCUCAAGCCGGACUCAUCCUUUGGCAUUAAGACUGCUGGAAAAGUUAAGGCAGCAGUGGUCUCUGGUGAAGGUGAUCUGUUGUCAUAUUCCAUUGGCAGCCCUCCUCGCUCAAACGGGGCUGUAAUUGGCGGUGAUCAGGUUAAAGCCUUGCAGCCUGAUGCAGAUGCUCUUGGAACACUUGCGGCUGAUACAGCUCCUGCAGCCAAUGGUUUCGCAUCUGACGAUGAUGAGUUUGAUUUGGACUCACCAACAGAAGGCUUCUCUUCAAUCCCCGAGGCAAUUGAAGAUAUCCGCCAGGGAAAGCUUGUGAUAGUUGUGGACGAUGAAGAUAGGGAAAACGAGGGGGAUUUGGUAAUGGCGGCUCAGUUGGCAACACCUGAGGCUAUGGCUUUUAUCGUGAAACAUGGAACAGGAAUAGUUUGUGUGAGCAUGAAAGAGGAUGACCUUCAGAGGUUGCAACUUCCGCUAAUGGUAAACCAAAGAGAAAAUGAGGAAAAGCUCUGUACAGCAUUCACAGUCACUGUGGAUGCGAAGCAUGGUACUACAACAGGGGUAUCAGCUCGUGACAGGGCGACAACGAUACAAGCCCUUGCAUCAGGAGAUUCGAAGCCCGAGGAUUUCAACCGCCCUGGUCAUAUUUUCCCACUGAUGUAUCGGGAAGGUGGGGUUUUGAAAAGGGCUGGACACACUGAAGCAUCUGUUGAUCUUGCUGUUUUAGCUGAACUGGAUCCUGUUGGAGUUCUUUGCGAAAUUGUUGAUGAUGAUGGUUCCAUGGCUAGGUUACCGAAACUUCGUGAAUUUGCUGCUGAGAACAACUUGAAAAUCGUAUCGAUUGCUGAUUUGAUAAGGUAUAGGAGGAAAAGAGAUAAACUAGUGGAACGUUCUUCUGCAGCUCGGAUCCCAACAAUGUGGGGGCCUUUCACGGCUUAUUGCUACCGAUCCAUAUUAGAUGGAAUAGAGCACAUUGCAAUGGUCAAGGGUGAGAUUGGUGAUGGCCAAGACAUUCUUGUGAGGGUGCAUUCAGAAUGCCUCACAGGGGACAUAUUUGGAUCUCAAAGGUGUGACUGUGGGAAUCAGCUCUCUCUUGCAAUGCAGCAGAUGGAGUCAGUUGGGCGUGGUGUCUUGAUCUACCUUCGUGGACACGAAGGCAGGGGAAUCGGUUUGGGCCACAAGCUCCGGGCUUACAACUUGCAAGAUGCUGGACGUGACACUGUGGAAGCCAAUGAGGAACUCGGCCUUCCUGUGGAUUCAAGAGAGUACGGAAUCGGUGCACAGAUGCUGGGGGACCUGGGCGUUAGAACGAUGAAGCUGAUGACGAACAACCCUGCAAAGUACGUGGGGCUGAAGGGCUAUGGUCUGACCGUCGUGGGUAGAGUGCCUCUCCUGAGUCUGAUCACAAAGGAGAACAAGAGAUACCUGGAAACGAAGCGGGCCAAGAUGGGUCAUAUGUACGGCUUGAAGUUCAAUGGCAGUGCAGUUGAGAAGACGGAUGAGUCGUCCUAGUCUUAGGCUGUUGUUCUUUUCGCUCAAAAAGACAAAGCCAAAGAGAAGACCAAACAUGGAUAAUAUAUAUAUGGAUGCUGUUGCAGAAAGAACUGACAGAAGAAGCCAGCCUUUGAUGAUCUGUCUGACGAUUUGUUGGAUUGAUUUAAUUUGAUGUUCUCAGUCUGAUUAGUUACAUUUGAUUGUUACCCUGUUUUGCAACAGAGUGUUGCAUCAGAGCUCUAUGGUUUAGAUUGAUGCGAGGAAAACUCGGGAAAUGUAUCCUCUUUCGCUUUAUUUCUCUUGUAAUCCAAAUUAAGCACAAGGAAUUCUUCAAUUUCUUUUGA